AUGUCAACGACUCCGUUCCCGGUCCCCAACGCCACGGUGCCUUACUGGCGAUCGCAACUCCACGAGCUUGAUAGCUUUCAGAGCUCCGAGACAUUGCCAGCAGAGCAGGAUAUCGUCAUCAUCGGCGCUGGGUACACAGGGACAGCUCUAGCCCAUUACCUCCUCGACGGCCUCGAUGACUCCUCCCGGCCUUCCAUUACCAUCCUCGAAGCCAGACAAGCUUGCUCGGGAGCGACGGCUCGCAAUGGCGGUCACGUAAGACCCGACCUCUAUCAAGGCCUUCCUGGUCUGAUUAGGAAGUACGGGCAAGAGGCAGCUGACGAGAUGGCCUCGUUUGAGCUUUCCAACCUCCAUGCUGUCAGAGAUCUCGUCAGGGAGAACAAAAUAGACUGCGACUUCAGAGUGACCACCUCCAUGGCUGUUCUCAGAAAGGAUGAGCACGCCCUGCCGUUCAAGAAAGGUAUCGAUGAGCUCCUUCAGCUAGGAUCACCAACAGCCAAGCUCGUUCACACUGUCGAGGGCAAGGCAGCUGAAACAUUUUCCGGAGUCAAAGACGCCACCACAGCGUUCGCUUUCGAGGCCGGCUCUAUUUGGCCCUACAAGUUUGUCAUGUCCCUCCUGUCACAAGCCGUCAGCAAGGGAGCUCAGCUUCACACGCAUACUCCCGUCACUCAAGUGUCCGACACCCAAGACAACGGGUUCUGGACGGUGACCACCCCCAGAGGUGCCAUUAGAGCCAGAACCGUCCUCUUUGCAUCCAACGCGUACACCUCCUCGCUGCUUCCCCAGUACAAGGACCGCAUCAUCCCAGCUCGGGGGAUCUGCAGCCAUGUGGUCGUCCCAGAAGGCACGCAUCCUCCACAUCUUCCUUCGACCUACUCCCUUCGUCACGGUCCCGGCCUGUACGACUACCAGGUCACUCGACCGGACGGGAGCAUCAUCGUUGGCGGCGGCAGGACGGAGUUUUAUCCGAAGCGCCUCGAUCAAUGGUACAAUAUCUGGGAUGACUCAACUUUGAUCGAGCCUGCUGCUACGUACUUUGAUGGUUACAUGCAGAGAAACUUCCACGGCUGGGAAAACAGCGGAGCCAAGGUUGACAAAAUCUGGACGGGAAUCAUGGGGUACACAAAUGACCAGCUGCCCCACGUUGGUGCAGUCCCAUCCAAACCCGGGCAGUACAUCGCCGCAGGGUUCAACGGCCACGGGAUGGCCUUUAUUCUCCUAACGGCCAAAGGGCUGGCAAAGAUCGUCCGAGACGGCGUGCCCUUCUCCCAGUCCGGAGUCCCGCGGCUGUUUGAGACGAGCGAAGCCAGACUCCAGCGAGACGAAAACGAACUUCUUGCAUAG